GCAAGGUUCUAGGUAUCCUGUGUGAUCCAGUGCUGUUAGUGCUAUGGCUGGAAUUAUCCAUCUCCUGCUGCUCCUGGGGCUCCUACCCAGCAUGCCCCCAGGGGCCCACUGCUCUGACAUAGAGGAAAACCUUUUGAUUCUGACUGUAGCCACAGAGGACUCGGAUGGCCUGAAGCGAUUUCAAAGGUCGGCGCAGUGUUUUAACUACAAAGUGAAGGUACUGGGACUCCAUGAAGAAUGGAGAGGGGAAGGACAGAAAGUGCGGCUCCUAAAAUCUGAUCUCGAUCAAUACGCAGACAGAGAAGAUCUUAUUAUUCUGUACACGGACAGUUAUGACACAAUCUUUGCAUCGGGCCCUGCAGAACUGAUUAAGAAAUUUAAGCAAGCCAAGAGUAAAGUGGUUUUCUCGUCAGAAAGCGUGGUUUACCCUGAUAGACGUCUUGAGACAAAAUAUCCCUCGGUCCAGGAGGGCAAACGUUUCCUGGGAUCUGGAGCAUUUAUAGGCACAGCAAAUCAUCUACACAAACUUUUAGCAGACUGGGACGACGCGGAUGACGCCAGCAGCCAGUUAUUUUUUUCCAAUCUCUUCCUAGAUCCAGUGAAACGGGAGAAGAUUAACAUUACACUCGAUCACAGAUGUCGAAUCUUCCAAAAUCUCCACGGAUCUGUGGGGGACGUAGUACUAAAAUUUGAAAAUGGAAGAGUCCGAGCUAGGAAUCUUGCGUAUAACACUCUUCCUGUUUUAAUCCAUGGGAACAAGGCCACCAAGCUUCAACUAAAUUAUCUUGGAAACUACAUUCCCCGGAGCUGGACCUUUGAAACCGGCUGCACUGUGUGUGACGAGGGACUGCGCAGCCUUCAAGGAAUUAAGAACGAAGAGUCUUUCCCUUUGGUAGUGAUUGGUGUCUUCAUAGAACAACCAACUCCAUUUGUCUCUGAAUUCUUUAAGAGACUCACUAACUUGCAGUAUCCAAAGAAACGGAUCCAAGUUUAUAUUGCCAACCAUGAGAAUCACCACGAGAAACAUGUGUCAGCAUUUGUAGGUGAUCACGGCGCAGAAUACAACGCAGUCAAAUUCAUUGGUCCAGAGGAAGCCCCGAGCUUAGCUGACGCUCGCAAUAAUGGAAUAGAUAUGUGCCGCCAGAAUCUCGAAUGUGAAUAUUACUUCAGUAUCGAUGUUCAAGUAGUGCUCAACAACUCCACUGUCCUUCGAACCCUAAUUGAACAGAACAAAUCGAUAAUUGGGCCGGUCGUAGGACGUCUGGAUACCUUGUGGUCUAAUUUUUGGGGAGCGUUGAAUUCGGAUGGCUAUUACGCUCGAUCCGAGGAUUACGUCGACAUUGUGCACAGACAGAGAAUCGGCCUCUGGAAUGUUCCCUACAUUUCCAGCGUCUACUUAAUAAAAGGCAACGUUUUAAGGACUAAGCUGCAACAAGCUGAUCUCUAUAACAGCGGCUCGCUGGACCAUGACAUGUCAUUCUGUGACAAUGUUCGCAAGCAGGGAGUUUUCAUGUUUGUGACCAACAGACAGAUUUUUGGUCACAUUCUUUCCUUGGAAAAUUAUCAAACUAAUCACCUCCACAAUGACCUGUGGCAGAUUUUCCAGAACACACAGGACUGGAAAGAGAAAUAUAUUCAUCCCAAUCAUAGUUUGAUCUUGAAAGGGAAAUCUAUAGAAACACCAUGUCCUGAUGUCUACUGGUUUCCAAUUUUUACGGAGACAGCCUGCAAUGAUCUCGUGGAAGAAAUGGAACAUUAUGGCAAAUGGUCCACUGGUGACAAUACGGACCAAAGAUUACAAGGAGGUUAUGAAAAUGUUCCAACCAUUGAUAUCCAUAUGAACCAAGUCGGCUACGAGAAGGAAUGGCACAAGUUUCUCCUAGAUUUUAUUGCUCCAGUUACUGAGAAAAUGUACCCCGGUUACUACACGAGGGCGCAGUUUGAUUUGGCCUUUGUGGUGCGAUACAAACCAGAUGAACAGCCCUCACUCAUGCCGCACCACGAUGCCUCCACCUUCACUAUAAACAUCGCUCUAAACAGCGCUGGCACGGAUUACGAGGGAGGAGGCUGCAAUUUCCUGCGAUAUAAUUGCUCCAUCACAGCCCCAAGAAAAGGCUGGGCAUUAAUGCACCCAGGACGAUUAACUCAUUACCACGAAGGCCUCCCAGUGACAAAGGGAACUCGAUACAUCUCUGUUUCCUUUGUGGACCCAUAAAUGUCUCACUCCCCAAAAAACAUUUGAAAGAUUACAGUGUUACAUGAAUAAAUGUUAAAGGAAUGGAUCCCACUAAAAGUCACUACAGAAGAAGAUUGUCUACAGACAGGGAACGCAGCCUUUGUUAGAAAGACAGUCAAGUAAUGCUGAGAAACUGGACAUUUGUUGCAUACACAGAAAAUAAAUUGACUUGCGAUUCGUUCUGCCACGUUGGUACUCGCACUGUGAAAGAAAGGGCCGUGUUAAAUGAGGUUAUGACAUCCGCGUUUAGAACAAAAACAUAAUAUGAAACUGCUCUUUAACCCAAAGAUGUGCCUUAACGAAGAUUCAUCAUUUCAAUAUGUGUCCAUCUUUUAUUCCAUGUGUCAAAUGAUCAUUCUAACAGGAAAUGCUAUUUAUCAUAGGUGUAUUUAAAGUUCUAAUUCAGUUCAAAUUAACUUACUAUUUAAAAAACAAAAA